CCCAAUCCACUUUAUUUUCCAGUUGACCAGGUACAAGCUUUUUUGUAAACUUGACUCUUUGUGCUGUUUUGUUCAUGCAUGCACAGCCAGCCAUUUCAGCUCUCCUUCAGGAAGUGCGCUGGAGGAGGGAACUGAGCAUAAAACUCAGGGAGGAGCAGGAAACUGGCUAAGAAUGCACUGCCCAACCUCCAUGGGACUCUCUCCUACAGUCAUAUCUUGCCUGUUGUAAAUCAGAAUGACUGAGACAAAACAUGCCUAUGUCUAGUCCAGUACAGCCAUCAGGAAUGGUGACUCUGCAGAAGCACCAAAGUUCUGUGAGCAGCACGAGCCCAUGGAGCCCAACAGGCUGGGGAAUGGAUCUGGUCUAGUAAACCACUAAGUUAAUUAGCAAAUCCAGAUGCUCUUCCAGAAAUCUGCCCCUGGAGCAUCCCUGAAGAAAGGGCAGCACUGGUCAGGAGGCUGCAUGCUUUUGUUUUGGAUACUCAUAGCACCUACAACUUUGCUUUAAUUUAUCUUUGUGUCCUUGUCAGUCAUUUUGGAGUGCCAGAACAGUAUCACAGGCUCUCAAGCUUCAGGACUGCCUCUACCAUGUGGCCACGCCACAUGCACAGUUACCUCAUGAUGCAUUCUUGAGGCUGAUAGUCACCUUGCCUGUGCCCUGUGGCCAGAGAUUCUCCAGGAAAGGAAAAGGGCAGAUCUUCAUAAAUUUCUUUUGGAUUCACCUCAUGGUCAAAGCAGAACUGGACGUUUUUAUUGGAAAGCACAAAUAAAAACACAGGAGGAACCCCUCAAGCCUUGCCAUGCACAUCCACCUGCAAAGAUGUACUUCGGGGUUAUGCAGGGACAUGGACUUCCUGAGUUCUGUUGCAGGAACACUGGAGAAGCUGCGAGCAGAUUUGAUUCCACUCACAUUCCGGUUAGGGAUGAUGUCACCUCUCAGGUCCUGAGGCACAAAUCACAGUUCUGGCAGAGAGCACUCCACCUUCAUUGCAGGCAUGUCCUGGCAGCAAGUGGUGACUCCUUUUGGGCAGAGCAUCCCUCCAGAGGCCUUACCAAGUUGGCCAAAUUCUGCACAGGGCAGAAACCCCCAGGUGAUCUCAUGUAUACAGAUUCUCGGAGCUGGAGUUCACUUGCCAACCUGGCACAGGGAGGAGAGGCAGAGGGAUGGAAGCCACAGCUGGACUCCCGGCCCUGCCACAGCAGGGAUUCCCUCGCCAGAAGCGGCUCCAAGGCCCGCAGUGCUCAGCGCUGCGGGAGAAGCGAAAAGCCCCCGGGCAGCUGUGCCAGACUGUCCGGGGGACAGCACUCUGUCCCCGCCGGGACAAGGCCGCUCCUGACCACGAACGGGCCCAGCGGCUCCCGCCGCCUCCGGCCGAGCCUCGAGCCGCGCUGCAGCGCUCCCUGCGGGCCCGGAGGCCCCUGCAGCCGAGGAGCGGGCGGGGAGCGCGGCCUGCGGGCAGAGCCGCUCCCUGGGCCCGCGGGCUGCGGACAGAGCCGGCCCCCUGGGCCCGCGGACAGAGCCGGCUCCCUGGGCCCGCAGGCUGCGGGCAGAGCGGGCUCCCUGGGCCCGCGGGCAGAGCCGGCUCCCUGGGCCCGCGGGCUGCGGGGGCUCCUGGCGGCAGGGACCGUCCGCUGGGUCCGGGUCGCUGUGGUCGCUGUGUGCGACCAGCAGCUCUGCAUUCUGCCAGGGAAUGGCACCCAGCCAUGCUGUCGCAUCAGAGCUGAAGGCCCUGCUUUGAGCAAAGGCCUCCAGAGCUCCCUUCCGAGCUAAUCCGCUUACUUUGUAAAGAAGCGCAAACACAGACCCUACCUGGUGGAUUGUCAGAGUUGCAGAGAGUUGAGCAAAUCUGUGCCUGUGUGCACCCUAAUCUCUGCCAGCUGGACAGUUUUUCUUUCCACACGGGUUUCUCACUGCUUUGAACCUUCCGGCAAUACACUUCCUGCUUGUCCUUUGUUCUCCAAUUGCCACACAAAGUGCCUUGUCCUGCUGCAUGUCUUCCACCGGCCCAGCAGUUGGAAAAGCUGGAUGGUCUGUGGAAGGAGGCCGUGAGGGGACUCCACAGCCUGCCCCCAGCAGGCUGGGGACAAUGGACAGACUGUCUGCACUUUGCCAGAACUGCUCAGGAUGAGGUGGAGUGAAGACAUCUGCUCUGUGCACCUAGGAGACUCCUACAAGGUAUCCUCCAAACAGACCAAAACAAACCUCUUCUCCCACACAAAGCCAGCUGGAAUUCCCUGUGUUCUACUGUGAGCCCAUCAACACUUGUCCUAUCAUCAUGCACCUCUAAGGACCCAGCACUGUCCCUUUAGCAUCUUCUCAUGAGGUGCGUGCUUCUGAAGGCAGCAACUGGCAUCCUCAAAGCCUUUGAUACUCCAGAAUGAACAAACCUCAUCCCCCCUCUCCUCAUGCAUCCCUUACUUCCAGCCCCAGCAAUCCUGCCGGCCUGCACUUGAUUUACUGUUGUGUGUCAGUGACGUUCUUGAUGUAUUUACCUGGAGUCCAGCCUGGACACAGCACCACAGAUGCUUCCUCAGGAUGGAGCAGGGUUUGUGGGGCUCCACAUUCACUUUGCCUCCUGUCUCUGCUUGUACUCUACAAGCAAGUAGUAGAGUGGUUUUGGAUAAUAAAAUGCAAGUUGUUGUUCCAGAUGCUUAAGACCUUCCCAUUGCCUGUAUCCCAUCAUCCCAUUGCCUGUAGCUAUUUUUUUUUCCAAAUGAGGAUGCUAUUUGGGAUCUAUAGACAUUUCCUGAGAGUCAAGUGGGGUCCAGAUGCUUCUUGUGAGCACUGAAGUAGUGCAAGCACUCAUCUCAGCUGAGCUGCCCAGGCUGAACUGCUGUCAGAGCCUGGUGAGCACUGACUGCUUUGUGGUGCAUUCCAGAGCUCUUAAUUUUGGUGAGAAGGAUGUCCUUUACAGAGCAGAGGGACAUUCUGGCUUCCUGCCCCAAGAAGGCAGAGCAGUGUCUGCUCUCAUUGCUUGUUUACAUUUUUAUUUCGUUAAUCAGAAGCUUCUUCUUUUGUACCAAAACUUUUGUGUUUGUCACAAGAGAACUUAUUGGGGUGCU